AAAAGGGAAGGCGAUUAUUGGGGUGUCUGAGCUCCCCCCAUGGCAGCUGCAGAAGAGGAACAUCCCUUGAGGAACGAGCUGGUCAUGAGUGAGGACGAGGAGGAGAAGGAGGCAGACAAUGAAGAAGCAACAAAGAAGCACCAUCAGCUUGUGGAUUCACUCACUGCCUUGGCUGGAGCGAAGCGAUGGAGGGCAGUUGAACGCGCUGAGGCGAGCAGACAGAUAUCGGAAUUUGAGCUGGCUGGCUUGGGUGCUAGAGAAAAAGUUCUCCUCUCAGAACUGUUGCAAUCAGCUUCCAGCUCACCAGCUCUGGGUUCCAUUCAAAAGCAGCUGAAGAAAGCCCAGCACAAAAAAACCAUCCAGCUCCCACUGAGCAAGGAGGAGAAUGAGCAGGUGGUGAGGGAAGCUGCCUACACUCAGACAUCUCAAGCCCUGGCUAAGUGGCAUCCACUGGUGCAGCAAAACAGACGUGCUGAGCAGCUAGUCUUCCCAUUGCAACAAGAGAGUGUGAAUGUCACGGCCAUUGAAGAAGUGAUAAAUGGAUGGCAGGCACAAACACCCCUGGAGCAAGAAAUCUUUAAUAUUCUACACAAAGGAAAGCAGCCAGUGAAGGACCCACUCCUGACGCCACAGGAGAAGUCCUCACUGCAGGCCAUGAGUCUGGAGGAGGCACAGUUGCGACGUAUGCAGCACCAGAGGGCUCGAGUCCUGCAGUCCUACUACAAGGCUAAGGCACAACGUCAGCGGAAGAUCAAGAGCAAAAGGUAUCACAGAAUGCUUAGGAAGAUCAGGAAACGCAAGGUGCUGAAAGAAUUCGAAAUGUUGCGGAAAAGUAACCCUGAGGCAGCUCUAGAAGAGCUAGCUAAAAUUGAGAAAGUGCGUAUUGAGGAGAGGAUGAGCCUGAAACACCAGAACAAGGGCAAGUUGGCCAAAUCUACAGUCCUCUUGGCAAAGUACAACCUAGAGGCUAGGCAAGCCAUGCAGGAGCAGCUGGCCCAGAACAAAGAACUGACCCAGAAAGUACGCCCAGCAUCUGAUAGUGAGGAAGGUGGCAACGACACUGAUGCAGAGGGGGAUCUCGUGCCAAGUGUUGUCAAUGAGAGGCCUGCUGGGCUGGAUCCAGACAACCCCUGGAUGUUAGGAUGGCUCCACACGGAGCCCAAGGAGGACCUUCCAGCUGCACCAGAAGACAGUGAAGAGAGUGACGAAGAGAAGGGGCCACCUGCAACCAAGGAGGAAACUUUGCUGCAAGGCUUCGUUGCAGGUCUUAACGGUGAGGAAGCAAUGCCCAAGAUGACGGACGUGCUUUUACCAGCACCUCCAAGUCAUGUGCCAGAGGGGCCACUCCUGAGUGAGAAGCUGGAAUGGCUUCAUACCUUAGAGGAUAUGGAGGCCAUGGAGCCAGAGGAAGUCCCACGGGAAAACAGAAUGCCGGAAGUCAACGGUGCUGAACUUCAGCAGCCUCUGGAAGCUGAGUCAUCGCUACAGCCCAAGGAUAGCAAGACCCAGACCUCCAAUAAGACAGCCAAGCACAAGGCUCUGAUUGAUCUGAAGGCAGUGCUGGCUCAACCACUUCGUCCCAUGCAGUGUCCGUUUUUGCCUUCUGCUGUACAGGAUGAGCUAGAGAUGGGCAAAGACCAGCGACAGGUGAUCUGGGAGGCCUUUGCAAGUGACAACGUUGUUGCCAACUUUAUGAAAGAAAAGCGUCGGGCAGAGCAAAACAGCAAACCGAAAGUUAUCAAUCUGGUGCUUCCAGGAUGGGGCGAGUGGGGAGGUGCAGGACUACGGCCGAGUAAGAUGAAGAAGAGACGGUUCCUUAUCAAACCAGCAGCUGGGUCCCCAAGGAAAAACAGGCACCUGCCCAAUGUUAUCCUGAGUGAACAGCGCAAUAUUUUAGCAGGGGUGCAUCAGGUGAACCAGCUGCCCUUCCCCUUUGAGAACAGCAAGCAAUUUGAACGCAGCAUCCAAGCACCCAUGGGCCCCACUUGGAACACCCAGCGUGCUUUUCAGCGUCUGACAGCUCCUCACAUUGUCACCCAGCCUGGCCACAUCAUCCAGCCCAUCAGUGCUGAGGACAGUGAGCUGCUCUGCAAAGUGGAAAAGGCAAAAGCCAUGGGAAGGGAGCCGGAUUUGGCACUAUCAUUGUCACCCCACAAUCAUCACCCACGCCAUGCCUCAAAGAGGAAGGCUCGGCGGAGCUAAGUCCUACAGGGGCUCUGCCAUACAGGCCAGACUCCUUGGGCUAACUGGCACUGUUGUCUUCUUAUUUUCUUCAGUCAAUUUUAUUGAUUUUCAGUAUAUAACACAGAAACACAUACAACAAAUGUCUUUGUUUCCCAUCCCUCCCUCCCUCCGUUUAUUCCCACGGAACAAAUCAAUUUAUUAAAUUCUGCCAGAGUCCAUUGAGUGAAUCAGGUGGAUGCCGGUCAUCAGGGUUAUCAUUUUGAAAACCCAAUGAAAGGAUGACAAGUUUCAGUAAAGUCAUCUAUGUCUUCUGUGCUGUUCAGUGCUUGUACUCUCCUUGUUCCUUUUUCCAGUAAGGCAAAUUGUCUGUGCAUCUUGCUUCCACACGGAAUUCUGUAAAUGAUCCAGUCUCUUCCAUUUCUGUGCCACCAAGUGGAAAGUGAAUCAAUUAACUAUUUGUAUAAAAUCAUGGAACAGUAGAGUUUGAAGGGAUCUCCGAGGGUGACCUAGUCUAACCCCCUGCAAUGUAGGAAUCUCAACACGCUGUCCCUUGUCCAAUUUGAAACCAUACCAGACCCUGCUCAGCUUUACAAAUGUGUUAGUAGUUUUGUUGCUGCAAUUGAAAUUAAGCUUUUCUUCCCUGGAAAUGGUUAACAGGCCUAAAUUUGAUGUGCAUUCUGCAUGUUGCCCCUUGAUGUUGCUUCCCCCACCCCACCCUGUGAACAACUUUUGCCAAAAAGGAUGUACAUAAGUCACAUGUGGAACAUUGUACCAAUUGUAUUGCCAGCUUACAAACACAAGUAUGAUAAUGAUUUAUUAAUAUAGCUGCAUGUUAGUGGUGUCAGAUGCCAAUUAUGUAACAGCUUAAAUGUAAUCACUCAUAUGAGUUGAGACUGAUGCUGAGGGUUUUUUGGCCCAUGAAUUAUUCCAAUCCAUGUAUUCACUUUCUAUG